UCACGUUUCACAAGCUCAGCACAGCGUCCUAAAAGGCAUUGUGAUUGCGACUGGAGAGCUGUAAAUUUGGGUGAUUUAUUCCAUUUAAACAGGCAAUUUUAACCAAAAGGGCUGAUUAUACUAAACUAGGGAGACUCUUAGAAAGAAAGAAAAAAAAAACAUCAACAAACAGUCUGUGUGGCAGAGGGAGAGAAUGGGGGUAGUUGCAUAUAUUGGAGUGCAAGAAGUGCACGUCUUGGGUCUCUUCACACUCUCACACUUGUGUUACACCAGCUCCCACUGCGCGUAAAGCUGCGGUCCACCGGGACUUUGUUACCUUGUGUGUGUCCAGCUGUUCUUCAGCCUUUAUCUCCCUUGUCAUUGCCAUGGUCGUGUACGUACACGACUGGAAUUUCAGUACCACCGACAGCUCCUUCUCCAGCUCCAGCAUCAAUACAGACAAAGCGCUUUGGGGCUCCACGGUGACCCACAGCCCCGGUGGGCUGAGCCGGACCGGCCAUACAGUGGUGGCAGUAUGCCUCGGCUUUAUUUUAGUGGCAGGAAUCCUCAGCAACUUUCUCACUCUGCUUAUUUUUGCAAAGUUUCGGUCCCUCUGGACGCCCAUCAAUCUCAUCCUGCUGAACAUCAGCCUAAGUGACAUUCUCGUGUGCGUUUUCGGGACACCGUUCAGUUUUGCUGCCAGCCUGCACGGGAGCUGGCUAAUUGGAGAGUACGGCUGUAAGUGGUAUGGAUUUGCCAAUUCCCUCUUUGGGAUUGUGUCCCUUGUGUCCUUGUCUCUUCUAUCGUAUGAGCGCUACACCACCGUGCUCCAUUCCUCUCAGGUUGAUGUCUCAGACUUCAGAAAGGCCUGGCUGUUUGUUGGAGGCUCUUGGUUCUACUCUCUCUUUUGGACAUUGCCACCCCUCCUCGGUUGGAGCAGCUAUGGACCAGAGGGUCCUGGUACCACUUGCUCCGUCCAGUGGCACCUCCGCUCACCCUCCAGCAUCUCGUAUGUGUUGUGUCUCUUCAUCUUCUGUCUGCUGCUGCCCCUUCUGCUCAUGCUAUAUUCUUAUGGAAGAAUCCUGAUGGCUGUUAGGAGGGUGGGAAAAAUCAAUCUUCUGGCAGCUCAGCGCAGAGAACACCACAUUUCGCUGAUGGUUUUCUCUAUGGUGUCCUGCUACAUGCUGUGCUGGAUGCCCUAUGGCAUUGUGGCACUGAUGGCCACCUUUGGUGGGUCGGGGCUGGUGACUCCCAUCACGAGUGUGAUUCCCUCCAUCCUGGCCAAGUUCAGCACUGUUGUCAACCCUGUUAUCUACGUUUUCUUCAACAAACAGUUUUAUAGAUGUGCUUUGGCCUUCAUGAAGUGCAAAGAAGAACCUGAGAUUGUACAAAGAGAAGAGCACCGAACUCCCGGGACACAGUUGUCAGAAUAUUUCCGUGUCCAUAGGCAAGCUUCCCUCAGCUCCCCACAAGUCCAGAUCCCCAGUGGCCCCAGAAACACUGUGCUCUGCAGCCGACAUAUAGUGUUUGUUCACUACACUCCAUAAAAAUGUUGUUUUCAAAUGACUGACUGAGAGUAUUAAAAUACCAUGUUGAUAUUAGAAGUCAGAGGAGAAUGGUCAGACUGCUUUAAGGUGAUAGGAAGGUAACAGUAACUCAAACAACCAUCAUUACAACCAAAGAAAGUAGGAGAGCAUCUGUAAAUGCACAGCACAUUGGACCUUACAGCAGAUGGACUUCAGCAGUAGAAGAUCACACAAGGUGCCACUGCUGUCAUCUAAGAAGAGGAAACUGAAGCUACAGAACUGUACAAGAGAAGAUUGGAAAAAUCUCGUCAUCUGGUCUGAUGAGUCUCAAUUUCUGCUGCGACAUUCAGAUGACGGAGUCAGAAUUUGGCAAAGACAGCACGAACGCAUGGAUCAAUCCUGUGUUGGUGAAAUAGUGAUGUGGGAGAUAUUUUCUUGGCAUAAUUCGGGACCCUCGAAUAACUGAAGCGCUUCUGAAAGUAAAAGGAGGUCUCACCUGGUCCUAGCAGUGUAUAUGAAAGUGCAUGAGUGAGUGAAUGUCUUUAAAAUUUUACACGAAAUAAAAUCAUAUUUUCUUCAGUUUUUCCUCCGGACCUUUGACACACACAAAAACAUGUGAAAACUCUGUACUGACAUAAUUUUACAGUUGAAAAUAUUUUUGAACCACUAGAGGUGGCAGUGGGCCGUUGUAAAAGAUUUCUAAAACAUUGAACACAUUUCUUGUUUAGACAAAUGCAUAAAAAUAAUUGUAACACUUUGUAGAUAGUAUAUUUUUGUAUACUAUUAUUAUUAUUUUAAGAUUUUUCUUUAAUUGGAGUCUUUUACGAAAUAAAGAUCCAGCUUUUAUCAAGAAACACUUGUACUGCACACACUGGCAAAUAUGACCUCCCCCUGAUAUUAUUCACAUUUACGAGUCCAAAAUGGAAAAUAAUUAGUGUAUAUAAAACUGUGCUAAGAGUCCCUGGGUAACUUUAACUCAUAUUAGGCUUUUAAUCCCAAUUACAGUAAGGGUAUUUUUUAUAAAAUAAUCCCUGAAACACAACUAAUUUUACACAAAAAUUCAAAACGGCAAAGAAUAUAUACACGUAUAAUAAUAAUUACAGGUUACGAUCACUUAAUGUAGUUUGUGUAAAAACUCUUUAUUGUAUAUUUUCAGCCACUUGUUUUGGAGAUGAAACAUUUACUGUCUAAUAGCAACUUACACGGGGACAUGCUGCACUGUGUUGUAUGCAGAACUCUGUAAGCAAUUGCAUGAAUAUCCCACAUUAAACAGUUUUCACUUUAGCUUAACCAACAUGUGUGGGCUAAAAAAAAAAAGUAAAUGGUAGGUCUCAUUCCAGACAAAUCCGCUACCACAACUAAGCACAUUUCAGAUAUUCUGCGGUCGUUAACAGUGUUGUAUAUCUAAAUGGACACGCCAUGGUGUGAAAUGUAGCCAGUAAACUCUCAACAGAUUAAACUAAGUUCGAGUUUGGUCUGUGCAUUCAGUUCGUCGACAUGAAUUAAAGUUAGGUUGAAGUUUAAAAAUUAACCAAAUUUAACCAUGAUGAUCCUGUGGUUACCCAGCCAACUUGAAUCUUUACUCCAGUGAACAAUAGCACUAGUCUUUUGAAGGAAUAGCUCAGUAUAUAUAAUGCCCUAGAUAUAGUGUUACUUUUGUCUGCUUCUGACAUUUAGGUUGACCAGGUAAUUUCCAGAUAUAGUCUGUGAGAAAGAUGUGAAAAUAAAUGGUGUGAAGAUACUACUGAACUCUUAAUAUAGAUCUUUGUGUCUGUGUGUGACUAUGUGUGUGUGCCAUGUGAUAUCAGCUACUUUAAAAUACUUUUUAAUGUUAUAACAUCUUAUAUACAUAAUUGAACCAGUUUAUGGGGAUUUGGUUUUGUGGGCCAAAAAAAGUGAAAGUAGUAUCAGCUAAGUGCACAAGUUCACAUUACAAUCACAUUACAAUGUGGAGCAUUAUAGACAUGCUAUAGCUGACAGAAAGGAAAAUGCAGUGAGGGUUUUUUUUUUUUAAACCAACAUGCACACCACAUGUAUUCA